AUGUCGAGCUUGGCGACGACGACGGAGGCCGCGACGCGGAGCCCGCAGUCGCUGGCGAGCGGCGGCGACGACGAGGGCUGGUGGAUCUAUUUCCGGGCCGAGGCGCCGGACGGCUGGCCCGAGCGCGCGCGCGCGGAGCCCGUCGUCGCCAAGCUCGCCAAGGAGCGGCCGGUGCUCGCGGCGGCGACGGAGAAGCGCUGCGGCGCCGGGGACGCGCGGGAGGUGUCGCGCGACGCGGCCCUCCGCCAGCGCGACGCGGCCGUCGUCGAGCGCGACGCGGCCGUCGAGGCGCUGCGGUCCCAGACGCUGGCCAACGCGCCGCCGCCGGGCCGCUGGCGCGGCCGCGGCCUCGACGACGCGGACCGCGGGCGCGUCGCGGCCGGCCUCGUCGGCGACGAGGUCCUCAACGGCGAGGUCGGCGAGAUCCUCAACGGCGGCUACGACGACUACCCGGAGCCGCCGCCCCUCGUCGUCGACCGGGACCUGGCCCGGCCGCCGUCGGCGCCGGGGCGGCGCGGCGGCGGCGACGGCCAGCGGCGCCGGUCGCCCGCGCGCGAGCCGCCGCGCGCCGCGAGCCGCGAGCGGCCCGCGUCCGCGCGAGCGCGGAAGAACGGCGAGGCGCCGCCGCGGACGAACGGCGACCGGGCGGCGCCCUACGCCGACGGCGACCGGCCGUCGCGGCGCGCGCGCGCGUCGCCGAAGAAGGCGGCCAAGGACCGCGGCGCCGCGCCCGAGCGCCGCGCGAAGCAUAGCCCGGGGUCCGCCUACGACGGCGGCGAGGCGGGCCCCAGCGGCCAGGAGCGGCGGCGCAGCGACGCGCGGCGCCUCGCGGAGCUCGUGCGCGCGACGGCCGUCGUCGUCGACCGCGUCGAGCACCGCGCGGCGCGCGACCUCGCGGCGCGGUGCGACCGGCCCCCCGUCCGGAGGCGCGACGCCGGCGCGCCCCGCCGGUCGCCGUCGCCGCUGCGGUCCGCGUCGUGCGAGCGGCCCGCCUGGCGCGCGACGAGCCGCGCGCCGACGCGCGCGUGGGAAGACAUCGCCAAGUCGUCGGUCCGCGCGCGGACGCCGCGCCGCGGCCGCGGCGAGUCGCCCAAGCCGCCGGCGGCGCGGCCCAACGGCCACCGCUCCGUCGACGCGUCGCCGGCGUCGCGGGCCGACUCGUCGCGGGACCGCAAGCCGAAGCGCGGCGCGUCCGCGGACCCGCCGAAGCGCGCGUCGUCCGCGGGGCCGCGCAAGGCGAGGCCCACACCACGGGGCCGCGCGCCCUGA